UUACAAUUGGCGGAACGGUCCACGAGGCACGAAACGAGAGGGAAAGAAGAGAGAGAGAGAGAGAGAGAGAGAGAGCAUCCGAGGCAGAAAGAAAGAGAGAGAAAGAGGCGGCGCUGUCCUGUCCUACUCUCGGUUCUACUCUCCGUCCGGACCGGGGCCGUUUCCGUCGCCGCAGCCGCCACCGUCUUCCGCACUCGCCGCCGCGCUCCGCCGCAAGGACCACCCGGGAGCCGCCGCCAUGUCCAGGCCGUCCCGAGAGUCCGUCAAUAGGUUCAUGGCCAUCACCGGCGCGCCCGAGCCCGUCGCCGUCCGCCGGUUGGAGGAAUACGGCGGGAAUCUUGACGCGGCCGUCAAUGCGCAUUAUACCGAAGGGAUGCACCAAACAUUUCCUCCCGCAGCUUAUGCAUACCCUCGUGAAAUGUAUAGCCAGAAUCACGCCGGGCGAACAGGGCUCGUGCCGCUCUUGGAUACCCUUAUGAGUUUCAAGCCUUCUUCCCUUUUUGACCCGAACUACAGGAGGAAUUUCUUAAACCAGAUUGGCGCUUCUGCAUUUACUAGUCCCCAGCCGCUUGCUCCUUCUCCAAGCUACGCAGCUGGGUCGGCUGAAACAUUCCGCGGCGGUUAUGGGGCGCCUUAUCAUCCAGGAUCGAUCGACACCGGUGGCGUAAUUGGAACGCCAGUUUAUUCUAGCACUCCGGCUGAAGUCAGGAGUCCGCAUGCGUAUGGGCAUGAUGCAGAAGAAGAGAUGCUUCGAGCUGCUAUUGAGGCAUCGAGGCAGGAGUUUCUUUCUGGCUCUGGGCUAUCUCAAAGGCAACCUAGCCAAGAAGAUAAGGAGCUUGAUCGUGCAAUUUCACUUUCAUUGAAGGAAGCAGAGCAAGAGGAAGAGAAGCGUGUGCAACAAGUGAAAGAUAGAGACCGAGAAUCUGGAUUCAAUGCUCCGCAUGAAAGUGCAGACAAAACUAAGGAUAAAAGAUCAAAAUUGGGAAGCACAUCGCAGCCACAUGAGAUUAGGCUGGAAGGGCUGAAUUUGCAGGAUGAUAAAUCCAACCAGCAUUGUCAUGAUCAUAUUCAGCGUGGUCCAGAUGCCAAUCAGUCCGAUCAGGGAUUUCAGAAAAGGUUAAUUCAAAGUGGAGGCCCUCUACCUCAAGAACCUGCACCAGAUGCAAGAGAAGCAAUAAAUCUUGUCGUCCGCAUGCCAGAUGGGGCUCGUCACGGUCGCCGCUUCCUCAUGACCGACAAGCUUCAGUCUCUUUUUGACUUCAUAGAUGCUGGUGGUUGGGCGAAGCCUAUGACUUACAGACUGAUAAGGCCUUAUCCUCGCGAGGAGUUCUCUGAUGGUGACAGAAUCUGCAGUUUUAGUGCACUGGGGCUAGCUGGUAAACAAGAAGCUUUGUUUCUAGAGUUUGUUUAGCAUUGGCUUUGGCCAUCUUGAAAUUGCACAUAUCAGUAAGGAAAUGUCAAGAAGUGCAUUCAUAGCAUUUCGUCUGCUGCAUCUGACUGGUUUGCUUCACCAAAGCUCAAAGGUAACAACUGAUCCCAGAUCAGAAAAGAUGCAACAACAUUUAAGAUUGGCAAUGCAUGUAUUUGCUACUGCACCCUAUUGGUAAAGCUUUGUCUGUUGUAUCAAAUGUGUGUCUGUCGCGCUCUUAACUGAUCGUGACUCAAAUUAGUUACCUACUAGGUAUCAGAAAGUAUUUUAGACGGGGAAAAAUCUGUUGCUUAUUUGCAGCACUUGCAUAUACUUUCCCACUCUAUAGGAAUCUUAUGCAAAACAUUGGCCUGUUGAUGGUAUGUCUACACCAAAGGGAAUAUCACGGGGUAAAUGACAGUCGUCUGAUCUAUUGUUUGUGAAA